UCAAUCAACGGAAUAUUACCAAUCCAUCUUCCCAGUGAGGUGAGAUAUCGCCGAGCAACCGUCAAAGAUGGCUCUCGUGAAAGCUCUGCUAGUUUUGCUUGCGAUGGUUACCAUGACGACGGCACAGUUCCGACAUAAUGCUAACAAUGUGGAGCCACGCGGCCGGUUACCUGGUGGCCGAGGACCCCGCUCUCCGUGAGUCUCUCCUGACGGAGCCACGAAGGUUGAAGCCUUCAACCCCGACGGUGAGCGGGGCGUGAUCGUCUCGCUCGAACACGAACCCACCUACACUAUCGCCAUCGUCCACUCGACGAACAUCAGCCACGCACCCAACGACAAACGGGUGAUAUUUCAAUUCGAAGGAGCUAAGGGUUUGAGAGUUGGACAAGCCGAGCUAAAACUGACUGUCAUCUGGCUGUCGCUAGAUGUCGACACCGACAGGGACGGUGUUGUCGAUGUCAACAGUCCGUACAAGAACUCGUGGGCGUGGGGUCCGAACGGACACGGGGCAAUCGUGCUGGCUAACCUGGACAAGGACGCAGGCAAUACAUUCGCGCACAUGCGCGAUUCGGACGACGACGUCGUUUCCGGUCCACCGGAUCUGCAAGACCUGGCCGCCAUGAGGGUCCACUCAGACGGGCCACCGCAGCUGCACCCGGACUACAAGCUCGUCCUGUUCAUCGACGAAACGUCGGUACCUUACGUGCGCGUGUUCGGAAACAGAGGUCGCACGAAGUUCAUCGGGCCUCGGCUGGCGUCGAUGGCGAUAGCGUAUCCGGGUUCGUACGGCUCGCACAAGUACGAGGUGGAGGCGCUCUCCUACGCUCACAGCUUCUUCGAUGGCUUCAUCAGGCUGCAUCUCGCACUGAAGAAGGGCAACGACAUCGUCUUCCAGGACACCGUUCAGUUCAAGGUGUCGCCAUGGCUGAUGACGUCAAACCUGCUGCCGGCCGACAUCGUGUUCAUGUCGCGCGCCGACACCAACGGCAACUUCGUGCGAGAGAUGCAGACGUUUAUCGAGGAGAACAUGAGCACGACCGUGCGCACAUGUCCGCGCGAGGUGUGCCGGGACGACCGCUGGAUACAGGAUCAGUUGGAGUUUGGAUACACGGAGGUACCGAAGAACCCGCCGAUGUCUGCCGUACUCAAGUCGCCGCGUGUUAACGGUCUGAAAGACUACGGCUACACGAACAUACUGGGCCCGAACGUAGCUUUCGUCGAGUAUCAGUCUGCGGGCUCCACAGAGCUGGAUUACUUCGGGAACUUGGAGGUCAGCCCACCGGUGACCGUGAACAACACCGUUUAUCCACUAGGAAGGAUCUACUAUGGCAACGGAAAUUAUCCAGGUGGGUGGCGCGGCCGCAAAACAUCAAACGCCCUCAUAGGCUUUCUGGAAGCGCAGAUCAUCCAGGCGCCCAUAGAACUAUUUUCUGAUUGGCUAUUCGUCGGUCAUGUGGACGAGUUUAUGAGCGUCAUUCCUGCGCCGAAUACUGAGAAGGGCUUUAAAAUUGUGCUGUCUAGUACCCGAGCUUUCUACGAUAUCAUGAACGACCUACAAGGCUCCCGAUAUGGCGAUCUGCUUAUGUUUGCAGACAAGCCGCUGUCCUUCUAUCGCGGAGAAGCUGACAUCACGGUGUCUCAAUUUCUAUCAAAUGACAAGUUUUACGACGUUAACCAAAGAUGCCAGGAAUAUCUAGACUACAACAGGGGUAUAUUGACGAGGGAGCUGGGACUAGAUCACAGUGACGUCAUUGAAAUACCAGCUAUCUACGAUACGGUCAUGGGCAGAGACAAUGUUAUGCGAGUGACGGGCUAUUUCCCGA